AUUAUAAACAAUUAGAGUCCCUCUUCGAAGCUUAUCUCAGCAGCAGAGUAACACCAAUGGGGGAGGAAGAGAAGAAAACAGAGGAACCGAAGAAGAAAGAAGAAACCAAGCCAGAGGAAACAAAAGAUGAAGCUGCUGUUCCUGCGCCACCUCCGGCAGAGAUUUUGCUGAAAGUUUUCAUGCAUUGUGAAAGCUGUGCUCGGAAAGUUCGUCGGUCGUUGAAAGAUUUUCCAGGUGUUGAAGAAGUGAUAGCUGAUUGCAAGUCUCAUACGGUGGUUGUGAAAGGAGAGAAAGCGGAGCCAUUGAAGGUUUUGGAAAGGGUUCAGAAGAAGAGUCAUAGGAAGGUUGAGCUUCUUUCUCCGAUCCCAAUUGCUCCUGAGGAGGAAAAACCUGCUGAGGAAGAGAAGGCUGCACCUGAAGAGGAGAAGAAAGAUGAGCCUCAGAUUGUGAUUACUGUCCUUAAAGUUCACAUGCAUUGUGAAGCUUGUGCAGAGGAAAUCAAAAAACGGAUACUUAAAAUGAAUGUGACAACAAACAUGAGAUUAAAGCUGAUAAUAAACUCUAAAGCAAAAGCUUGGCCAUAUUCAACUGAAGGAACCGUGACACCACCACUCAUAAAUGGAUGAAAAACCCCUUUCAAAGUAAAUGAAGCACAUAUUGAUGACAAAACUUGUGCAGCAAUAUACAAAGGGGAAGUGUUUUAAUGCAGCAAAUGAAAUCGUGACAGCCGGAUUAAGAUGAGCACCGGAAAUGUGACCGGUUGAUAAUAUUAUGAUCAUAACAGCAAGUCCAGUUGCUCCAGCACAUCCAAUUAGUGUUUCUGAGUUAUGUAUCUUUUGGUUCACAAUUGCAGUGGCUAUUCCAACAAACAUUAGAAUGUAUGUGCCUAUAAACUCAGCUCCAACCUGGUAAUAAUUUGAUUAAUCAGCCCAACUACAUUAAUUAAUACAUCAAUAUAUAAAAAAUAGGACCCCUGUUAGUAUUUUUACCAAUGUUGUAUACUUGAUAUAAUUGUUUAUAUGUAUGCAACUAUGCAAGAUUAUAAAAUUUAAAAUAACUUCGCAACUA